AUGGAAGUGCGAAUGUACAGCGCACCGCGGUCUGCAGCUUUCUUGCACGGCGAUGCAUACACAUCCAUAGAACAGCGGGCAAGUGUAUACAGGCACAGCAGCGCCGGCUGGGCGCCACGUACACAGCAGCAGCAGCAGCAGCAGCAGCAGCAGCAGCAGCGUGGUUUCGCUGCUCUCGACGGAAGUUCUGGCGAUCGAUUUCUCCUCUCCCUCCGCUCGUUGUCGGCCGCCAAGCUGCUGUCCGAGCGCGGCAUUGACGUCACCAUACUCGAAGCACGUGACCGGGUCGGAGGCCGCCUGUUUACCAUAAAGAAUGAUUUGGUUGGCUGGGUGGACCUGGGUGGAUCGUACGUGGGCCCCACGCAGAACCACAUCCUGCGUCUCGCCAACGAACUGCAAGUGGACACGUAUAAGAUAUUCGACGACCUCAAGUUGCUGCACUUCAGCGAGGGCAAGGCGUACCCGUACGAAACCACGUGGGCCCACUUCGGCCUCAAUGACCCCCUUGCAUGGUUCGACAUCAACUACGUCAUGCGCAGGAUGGACAUUAUGAUGGAGCAG